AUGAAGAGAAACGAUUUGACGCUGCCUGAAGCUGAUCUCCCUAAGAAGGUCAAACAUGUGCGAACCCGCAUAGCUCGCGGCAAAACUGCAAAAAAAGUAGAACCUUCUGUUCCGUCCCAAAGCACCCAUGGUGUCCACCCAAAUUGGCAGCUGGAGGAGGCAGAUGGUGAUGAUGCAAAAGCAGAUUGGAUCUUCAGCUCCAGGGAGGAGCUGAAUCCAGAUGAGCCCCUGCUUAAUGAUGUCCCUGCAGACCACAGCUUUGCUGGAGUCACGAUUGAGGAACUUCAAAACAUGCCGCCGUUGCCAAAGAUCCCUGCACCAUAUAGACCUGAUGCACUCGUUGACAGUCCUGCCAAACAGACGGAUUUUGGAUUCUGGGAAGAUUUUGACACAGAGUCAACGAGAGAUGACACGCGAGCCGAGCUUGAACGUCUACAAAUCGAGACCAUUGUGUUUGGCAAACUCUGUGCUGCAGAGGCCGAGAGGCGCAGAGGCAAUCUGGGUUUUUACGUCCUGUCGUUCCUGCAGGCUCCUCAUUUACUGCUGUCCUGCAAAAAUCCAGACACGAUUGCCUUCCAGCUGCGAAGAGCUUCCAAGAAUUGGAGGAAAUAUGAGGACAAAAUGUGGUAUGUCCUGAAGAAAACACACGGGGAGGAGAGCAUGUUUUACAACCACUAUAUGGAUGCUCCAGAUGGUUGCACGCACUACAUCAUUGCAGACUGUAUCAGUGAAGAUGAAAACGGUUUGAAACGAGACUGGGCAGCUAUCGCAGUCCUGCGUUCUAGGCUGGUACAAGCGAUGCUGUCCAGCCAGAUUCCUGGUUUUGGGGUCGCAACCCUGCAGCGCAUGUGGGGAUAUAGAGAUGUUAUAAAAUUAGCGGAUGAUGUGGCCCGUGGCAUACCUUUGCUGCUGCUGGACUCAAGAGAUCCACCACAUAGACCAGUCCAAAGCGUGCAAGAAGCCGUUUCCCAUUUGUCCCAGUUAGACGAUGACCUGGCUCAGGAGGGAACAGGUAACUUCUACAAUACAUCGACCUUGGCCUUCCUUCAUCAAGCGUUGCUUGGCCUCUUGCACCGGAGCCAUGCUCGCCGGAGUGGAGCAGGUGGAAAAAUUGUUGAAGAUAGGAUCACCAAAGACAGUCGCGUACCACUUUGGCAACAAGUCGAAACCUUGGAGGAAGAGACCUUUGUGAAUGAUGCUUCGAUGGAAUCCAUGGAAGACAAUACCUGCAUAUUGCGUCAGAAAGAUGCUAGGCACUCUUUGGCUGAGAGCUUAGUGGAAGGAUUUCUGACCAUGAUGGGUAACAAGAUGACAUUGGCUCAGCCCAAUUGGGAUGUCAGUGAGGUGCCAAAGGACCAUUUCAAAAACAUCCUCCGUCGAACAGUCGGGGAGCUUCUUCGAUGCAACUCCAAGGCAAAUCUGGAUGAGUUCCUGGAGCAUUACAGUAUUUGUUGUUUGUCAACGGAGCACCUCAAUAAGAUCACCUCCUUCAAAAACGCACCAUUCUGCGUGAAGCAUGGCAUGAAAGCUGGAACGCUCUUCAAGAGAAUCCUUCAAGUGGCUCCCGGAGCAGAUUGGAAGGAUGCCAAGCAAUACAUGUUUACAUGUUUGAAAGAGGAUUGUUCACAAUUUGAUGGCAAGUUUAAACCGAGGAGCCAUCUCCCUCACUCCCCUGACAUCAAAGGUGUCUUCAUGGAGGUUUUAGUAUCUCCUCUGACCCACUCCGCAAAUUUGAUGGAUUUGACCCGAAUUGAGAAGGUGCUAAUGCUUGUGAACGUGGAUCGACGUGUGCAUGGGGUUGGGUUGACAAGCUGUCAGGUGCUUCAGCGGGCUUGGGCCGAUGUAGACGUCUACCAUCAUGUGGCCUCCCAAAUGAAGUGGGUUGCCAAAAUUUCCUACGCUAUCGUGCUGCUGACAGGUUAUGCUAUCACAGUUUUGACGAUCGUAAAUGUUAAUGUGCCAGAUGCAAUGCCUGAAGAUACCACAAACUACAUUGUUUUGGGCUUGUCUGUCAGCGUAGGGGUGACAUCUGCCCUCCUGGCUUAUAUAGAUCCUACCACCAAAUGGCAGCAGCUCCGUGCUGCUGCGCUGACAUUGGAAGCUGAAAUCUGGAAAUUUCGAUCCUCUGCUGGUGUGUACACACGGGAUAUGAUGUCGAAUUAUGUGGAAUCAGCAGAAGAAACACUAAGCCAUUUUGUCAGUGUGACAGAGGAUUCUGUAUUGAAAUCAGCUGGGGUAUCUGAAAGUUCCUUUCUUUCCACCUUCAGUUUCAGCCGAGCACCAACUUCAGUCAGAAUCUACAAGCAUGGGCAAUACCAAGGGGCAGCUUGGAAAGGCGUGCUUUGCAAGCGAGUACUCUUCGUGGGUGUCUUCAAUGAGUGCCCAGCGGGAAGCCCAGAGGAAGGCUUGCAUCCUCCCUCUCUUGCUGGCAAAGAAUUAACAUGUUGGGCCUGUGCAGAUGGACAAAGGAGGCCCAAAGAGGCCUGGAAAGCGAUCUAUGAGGAUAGCGAUUCAGAGAGCCCACAGGGCUCUCCACAGGGCUCUCGGCGGGCUGGAUCAGUGCCCGCUCCGCCAUCCGCAGCAGCUGCAGUUGCACCUGCAGUUCCUGCAGUUCCUGCAGUUGCUGCGCUGCGGCAAAGGACAGAGGCGAGAUGCAGGGCACGCCCAGCCACAAACAGCACUUUGCCGAGGUCAGGAGUUUCCAGGCCUCGGCCAGGGGCGUUGAAUUUAUUGGAACCAGACAGUAGUGGUGAAUCAGUUGCUGAAGAUGAAACGAAAGAAGUUGAGGUUAGAUCAGCUUCAGAGCCACAGGUGAAACGGCCUGCAGAAGAGCUGCAGGGGUCCCUGCCAAAAAGGCGUGCCGUCGAACCUGUGGCGCUGGAAGCGUCGCCAGAGGUUCAACAAGCCGAACGAGUCGAGCAAGCUGAACAAGCUCAACGAGCUGAAGCUGGCGCAAAGGAACCCAGUGCAGGUGAAGCCUCCCACGCUCGAGGAGUGAAACGAUCGCUCGCAUCUUUUCUCGGUCCAGACGAAGGAUUGGCUGCAAAAUGGUCUGAAGGUGCUCUUCAACUUGCUGACGUCGAGCUGCCGGAACCAAUCGCCAGCUGUUUGCGUGGCUACCAAAGAGAGGGAGUGCGAUGGCUCUACCAAAGACUUUUUGUGGAGAAUCGUGGCUGUCUUCUCACUGAUGAGAUGGGCCUUGGGAAGACUGUGCAAGUGGCUUGUUGUCUGGCAGCUGGUCUUUUCGGGGGCAGCGAAGUUGGCACCGUUCUGGUGGUGUGUCCACCCACAUUGGUGCGGAACUGGGCUCGUGAGCUUACUCGCUGGGGCCCCUUUGCAGUUGAGGUGCUCACACCAAAUCCAUCUACUGCGGCAAAUCGACAACGAGUGUUGCAACGGGUUGAAGCUGGUCUGGCUGACGUGGUCGUAGCAAGUCGUGGCUUGCUCAUCAGGUCGGAAGGAGGUCCUUCGGCCACGGAGGCUUUACUUUCACGCAGGUGGGGCUGUGUGGUGGUGGACGAAGUGCAUCAAGCAAAGAACCCCAAGGGCCAGCUGCAUAAGGCCAUUGUGGCUCUGAACAGCCCUCGAAAGCUGGGCCUCACAGGUACGCCGCUGCAGAACUCCCUCACAGAUGUCUGGACACUUCUUCGCACUGUGGAUGCGCAUGAGGGCUGGGAGCACAGCGCCUUCGAGAGCCGCUUCAGCCGCCCCAUUCUGAAGGGACAAAAGAGAAAGGCUUCUGCAAAGGAUUUGGCAGUGAGAGAGGACGCAUUGAAAGAAUUCCAAGAGCUUCUGGCGCGGAACUGCCUCAGAAGGACCAAGGAUGACGUCGCAUUGAUGCUUCCAGGGAAGAACGAUCGCGUUGUGCCUUGCCCACUCAGUCAUUUGCAGCGAGCUGCCUAUCAAAACUUGCUAGACAGUCCAGAUUUUCAAAUCGCCUUGGGUAAGCGUGAGCUUUGCGUUUGUGGGGCUGGAAGGCCGUGCCAUUGUGGCUCGGGACCGGUGUGGCGGUAUGUGCAUCGUCGUCAAGCAGAAGCAAAGGGUCUGGAGGAUGAAUGGGCCGCUGCAGAUGAAUGCGCUUGUCGCGGCCGCGAGUCCCCAAAGUGCAUGGCGCUGUCAUUGAUUGUGAUUCUGCAGCGCCUUUGCAAUCACUUGGAGCAGUUGAAGCCAGAUCCGCAGCCACCCAAGGAUUCAGCGGAGGCAAACCAGCAGGAACUCAUGCGAGAGCUCUGUGAGGUUGCCUUCCGGGGAAUUGAUCACAACCUGUGCUCCCAGCGGCGAGUGGCUAACCGGCUACAGCUCGGAGAUCCAGAAGCUUGCGGCAAGAUGCAGGUGUUGCUGCCCCUCCUGAAGCAUUGGCGCCGGCGCAUGCAGAAAGUGCUCAUCUUCUCCAGGUCGACCAGGCUGCUUGACAUCCUUGAAGCAUGUUUGUGGCAGCAAGGAUGGUCACCGUCGGUCUUACGUUUGGAUGGCGCCACGGCUGUGGGCCAACGGCAGCGCCUCGUUGAUGAGUUCAACACAUCCUCCACAAGGUCCAUAUUUCUGAUCUCAACCCGGUGGCCAGAGAGACAAGCGGAUUUGGAGUGCUACUUCAGUGGCCAAAAGGAAAAUCCCACGAUGAUCAUUUUAGCCUUUUCAGAUGUGUUUGGCCCAAUGUCUGGCAAACAUCGGAGGAUCUGCGAUGAAAUGGCAACUGCAAUCCCAGGCAGUUUGGUGUGCUUACCAGAUUUGUUUGAUGGCGAACCGAUUUGUCCUGACUUCUUGGACAGCAAAUUUCCCGGACUGAGAUUAAAGUUGUUCUUUCCCAAGAUGCUCUACCGCAUUCGAUAUCGAUAUGGCUGGGCCAAGCUGGGUCCAAAGAUUCAAGCACUGGUGGAUUCCUUCUCUUCUUCCAUCCCUAUGUCUACCUUCGGUUUUUGUUUUGGUGGUUAUCUCGCUGUCAAAGCAAGUUCAACAGGAUCAUUCCGUGGAGCUGUUGGAUUCCAUCCAUCUUUGAUCGUCGGCCGUCUGCAGUGCUCGCCUCAUUCUGAAAAGGAUGCAGAUUUGGCGAAAGCAGUGCGCUGUCCGCAGCUGAUGAUACCAGCGCAAAACGACGAUGCUUCAGUAAAACCUGGAGGCGAGUUCAUAAACUUGGUGGCAACUGCAUAUCCUUUGAGCAAGUCGGUGUGUUUCGAAAAUAUGGUGCAUGGUUGGAUGACCCGUGGGGCUGACGACCCAAUGCUUCCACAACCUGCCGGUGUGGAAAGUGUGCGUGCAGGUGGAGUGGGUUUGAACCUCACAGCAGCCUCUGUGGUGGUGAUCUUUGACCCGGACUGGAAUCCAUUUUCCGAUCUCCAGGCCCAGGAUCGAUCUUUCCGCAUUGGUCAGACUCGGGUUGUCGAAGUCUAUCGGUUGCUGGGUGCAGGCACCAUCGAGGAACAAGUCUACGUGAGACAGGUGUGGAAACAACAGCUGGCAGCAGUGGCCUUGGAUGGAACUCGCAGCGCCCGGCGCUUGGACAAUCAAUCCUUUGGCCUCUCGAGUCUCUUUGAGUUGCACGAGACUUCCAUGCUGCCAGCUCUUAUGGCAGAGGCCUUUACAAAUAAGGCCCAUCAGGAGUCCGAGGAAGGUGGAGUACGUGCCAGAAGCUUCGUGUUACCACUAUCGGCAGCCAGAAAAAAUGAAGAAAUUUUAAAAGCUCAGCCUUUAAAAUCCUUAAAGAGAAACAGCCAGAAGUCGGUCUUGAAGAAAUUCAACAAAUGCGGUUUUGAAUUCAUCAGGUCUUCAACGAUCUUCGUGGAGGAGCAGCGCCACAUCCGGGUGCGUUCUCAGCUGAGAACCGAAGUUCCCAAAAUCAAGGUGCUGAUUUGA